CACUGUCAAGUCAAUCAAAAAGGGAAAAUAAAAAUAUUUUCAAUGAAGUUCAACAAUAACAGAUUUAUUUUUAUAACUUUUAGGAAACGGCAUUCUAAUUGAAUAUUCUAUAUGAAAUACUUCAUAUAAGGAUCUUUAUUUAUUUCUACAUUGCAUAAGCACAAUCCAAGGUAAUUAACUAAAUCCAACCAAUUUGAGGUUAUUGUCUACUCUGAAGAUGGUUGAAGAGUUGAAAAUAUUAAAGCAGGGUGCAGAAGCGAAGCUGUAUAUCUGUAACUAUCUUGGACAACCCACCCUUAUAAAAGAGCGGUUUAAAAAAAACUAUAGGCAUCCAGACCUGGACGCCACUAUCACGAAAGAAAGAAUAAAGAACGAAGCUCGCUCAAUCGUGCGAUGUAAGACCGCCGGAGUGAAGACUCCUGCGUUAUACUUAGUAGAUUUUGAACGCCGGCGCAUCUACAUGCAACAUUUCGAAAACAGUAUUACCAUAAAGGAUUUCAUAAUUAAUGUUGUAAAAAAGCAUGUUGAAAACAGAGAUGGAGAUAAGAAAGACUGUUUGAAAGUUGUUGCUAAAUUGAUCGGUGAAACUGUAAGGAAAAUGCACGAAAACAAUAUUAUUCAUGGGGAUUUGACCACCUCCAACAUGUUGCUUAUUGAGAAAUGUGAAUUCAAUGACGCCGUUGAAAGAAAAUGGUUGAGAACUGAUAAUUUUGAGCUGGUUAUGAUUGAUUUUGGUUUAUCUUUCAUAGAUUCCAGCACGGAAGACAAAGGAGUUGAUUUGUAUGUGCUCGAAAGGGCAUUGAUAAGCACACAUAAUGAUUGCCCAGGCCUGUUCGAGGAGAUUCUGUAUGCUUAUAAGAAAUUUAGAAAAAAUAAUGUUCAAGAAAUAAUAAGCAAGUUUGAGGAAGUGAGAGCUAGGGGCAGAAAGAGGACUAUGGUUGGGUAGAAUAAGAAAUAAAGUAUUUUUGGUUACAAGUUUCUUU